GUAAAAAAAAUUCCAUAUUGGGAGUCCCUCCAUACCAUGGGCCCACUUUCUGAGAAUUCCCAUCUAUUAGACUUACCUUUUUAAGGAAAAUGUGUUGGGAAGAGACUUUGGCGAGAGGGAGCGUGAGUGGGAAGAGGAACGAGGAGGGAAAAAAAAACAUCCUCAGAAACAUUCGGCAAAAUCUCAACAGUUGUUCGUCGUCUCUCUCUCUCUCUAUUGAUGUAAGAGAAGCAGCAAAACCCAGGACAGAAUCGAUUUUUAAAAGCUGAGAGACCCAUCUCUCUCUCUCUCUCUCUCUCUCGUCGAGGAGAGUCCCCUUCUGGGCUCGUCUGAAAAGCCAGUGGGACAGUAAAAGUUGAACAGAAGCAUCGGAAAGAUCGAAACUUUGGUUCUGGGUUUUGCUCCUUUGUGUUUCCUGGAGAUGGCGCAGUACCAGAGAUUGAUCAUACACCACCAUGCGAAGAAAGGGGAGAGGUUCAGACUCACCGGAGAAGUCGGCGGAGGCGGCGGCAACGGCAACGGCGGUGGCUACUUGAAGAGAGCGAGACGGAAGAUUCUUUCUCUUCUCUUCCUCGCUCUCCUCUCUUGUUGCUUCGUCAUGGCUCCUCACAUCUUCAGCCUCUCUUCAACUUUCUCUCUCCUUGAUUCGGUUGGCAGAGAAGGUGAAGGACUUCUUGAUCCUUAUGAACAUUUCAUUGCACCUCAUUGCUCUGGAAUCUCCAAUGGAACCAUUUGCUGUGACAGAACCAAUUUCAGGUCUGAUAUCUGUAUCAUGAAGGGUGAUGUUAGAACACACUCUGCUUCUUCUUCAGUGUUCCUCUUCACCUCCGUGGAAACGAACCGAAAUUCUCAACUCAAACCCGAGAAGAUCAAACCCUACACCCGAAAAUGGGAGACGAGUGUUAUGGACACCGUUCAAGAACUCAGUCUCCCGAGAAAAGAUGAAAAAGCUUCGGGCUUUGGACAUGUCUGCGAUGUGUACCAUGAUGUUCCUGCUGUGUUCUUCUCCACGGGUGGAUACACAGGGAACGUUUAUCACGAGUUCAACGACGGGAUCAUCCCUUUGUAUGUCACUUCACAGCAUUUCAAGAAAAGGGUUGUUUUUGUGAUUACAGAGUAUCGUAAUUGGUGGAUGAUGAAGUACGGGGAUGUUCUUUCGCAGCUCUCGGGUUACCCUCCUGUUGAUUUCAGUGGCGAUUCAAGAACACACUGUUUCAAGGAAGCCAUUGUCGGGUUGAGAAUCCACGACGAGUUAACGGUAGAUCCUUUGCUGAUGCCAGGCAAUAAAACCAUCGUCGAUUUCAGAAACGUGUUGGACACAUCGUACUGGCCCCGUAUCCGUAGCUUGAUUCAGGACGAGGAACGGGAAGCAGCAGAUAGAGCAGCAAAUCAGACACUCUCCUUAUCCCCAUUGUCUGAUUCUCUCGACGGGUUUAAGAAGCCGAAACUGGUGAUUCUGUCAAGAAACGGAUCAAGGGCGAUACUCAAUGAGAACCUCCUGGUGGAACUAGCGGAGGGACUCGGGUUUCUCGUCGAGGUUCUGAGACCAGACAGAACAACAGAACUGGCCAAGAUCUACAGGUCCUUAAACUCGAGCCAUGUAACGAUCGGCGUUCAUGGAGCAGCAAUGACGCAUUUCCUCUUUCUGAAACCCGAAACCGUGUUCGUACAGAUCAUCCCGAUAGGAACCGACUGGGCGGCCGAGACAUACUACGGAGAACCAGCCAAGAAGCUUGGCCUGAAGUACAUUCCCUACAAGAUCAAGCCCACGGAGAGCUCUUUGUACGGAGAGUACGACCAGGACGAUCCUAUAAUCCGAAACCCUAAAAGCUUCACCAGAAGAGGGUGGGAAUACACUAAGAAGAUCUACCUCGAACGCCAAAACGUGAAUCUCGACUUGACAAGAUUCGGGAAAAUCCUCUCUCGUGCUUACGAUUACUCCAUUCUCAGAAUCACACCUCGAGUUCCUUCUUCACUCGCUGCAUAAUCUUUCAUCACCUGCUUGUAAAAACCCUUUUGUCUUUUAGCUAAUAAGUAGCAGAAGGAUAUAGAAAACAUCAAAAUUUUGCGGACACA